GUUAGUAAUCCACAAAAAAGGAAUAAUAUACCUAAUAUUUUAAAUGUAGAUUAUGUGAAAACAAAAUUGAAUCAAAAAUUAACGGGAAUUCAAAAUACUUAUGAUGAAAGAUAUACAAACGCAUUAGCAUCUAGAAUAGUUGAACGUGUUACUGAUAUAUGUAGAGACGAAGAUAUACUUUAA